GUGCUUAGGGCGCAGUGGAAGUGACGUAGGGUGUUGGGGAAUUGGCGGUAUCCGGGCCUGUGUACGGGAAGAGGGUUCUCAGGGGCCGCCAUGGGUUUCCUAAAGUUGAUAGAGAUCGAGAAUUUCAAGUCGUACAAAGGACGGCAGAUCGUAGGACCCUUCCGCCGGUUCACCGCCAUCAUCGGCCCCAAUGGAUCCGGGAAGUCCAAUCUUAUGGACGCCAUCAGCUUUGUGCUGGGGGAGAAGACGAGUAAUCUGAGAGUGAAGACUCUGCGGGAUCUCAUCCAUGGAGCGCCGGUGGGGAAACCUGCCGCUAACCGCGCCUUUGUCAGCAUGGUGUACGAGGAGGACAGCGGGACGGAGAAGGUGUUUUCCCGACACAUCAUCAGCGGAUCUUCUGAAUACAGAAUCAACAGCAAGGUGGUCCAGCUGGCAGACUACAGCGAAGAGCUGGAGAAGUUGGGGAUCCUGAUCAAAGCCAGGAACUUCUUGGUCUUUCAGGGGGCAGUAGAAUCAAUCGCCAUGAAGAAUCCCAAGGAGCGUACGGCUUUGUUCGAAGAGAUCAGCCGGUCGGGAGAACUGGUGUCCGAAUACGAUAAGUGUAAGAAGGAGAUGGUGAAAGCGGAGGAAGACACGCAAUUCAAUUAUCACCGCAAAAAAAACAUCGCCGCCGAGAGGAAGGAGGCCAAACAGGAGAAGGAAGAGGCCGAACGUUAUCAGCGGUUAAAAGACGAGGUGGCCCGAGCCCAGAUCCAGUUACAGCUGUUUAAGCUUUACCACAACGAGUCUGAGAUCGAGAAGCUGAACAAAGAGCUGGGAUCCAAGAACAAGGAGAUUGAGAAAGACAAGAAGCACAUGGACAAGGUGGAGGAGGAACUGAAGGAUAAGAAGAAGGAUCUGGGCAAAAUUAUGAGAGAGCAGCAAUCCAUCGAGAAGGAGAUCAAGGAGAAGGACGCUGAGCUGAAUCAGAAGCGCCCACAAUACAUCAAAGCCAAGGAAAACACUUCUCACAAGAUCAAGAAGCUGGAAGCAGCGAAGAAGUCCCUUCAGAAUGCUCAGAAGCAAUACAAGAAGCGUAAGGGGGAUAUGGAUGAACUGGAGAAGGAGGUGCAAUCUGUGGAGAAGGCCAAGCAGGAAUUUGAGGAGAGGAUGGAGGAGGAGAGUCAGAGCCAAGGCAGAGAUCUUACGCUGGAGGAAAACCAGGUUAAGAAAUAUCACCGCUUAAAAGAAGAAGCCAGCAAGAGGGCCGCCACUCUGGCUCAGGAAUUGGAAAAGUUUAAUCGCGAUCAGAAGGCCGACCAAGAUCGUCUGGAUUUGGAGGAGAGGAAGAAAGUGGAGACUGAAGCGAAAAUCAAACAGAAACUGCGUGAAAUAGAAGAAAACCAAAAGAGAAUCGAAAAAUUGGAGGAAUAUAUCGCUACCAGCAAACAAUCGUUGGAAGAACAGAAGAACCUUGAAGAGAGUUUGACAGAGGAGGUGGAAGGGGCUAAAAGGAGAAUCGACGAAAUCAACAAGGAGUUGAACCAAGUGAUGGAACAGCUGGGAGACGCCAGGAUCGAUCGUCAAGAGAGCAGCCGGCAACAACGCAAAGCCGAAAUCAUGGAGAGCAUCAAGAGGCUGUAUCCGGGUUCUGUGUACGGGCGACUGAUUGACCUCUGCCAGCCCACUCAGAAGAAGUACCAGAUCGCCGUCACCAAGGUGCUCGGGAAAAACAUGGACGCCAUCAUUGUUGAUUCGGAGAAGACGGGCAGAGACUGCAUCCAGUAUAUUAAAGAGCAGCGAGGAGAGCCGGAGACUUUCCUUCCUCUGGAUUACUUGGAGGUAAAACCCACCGAUGAGAAGCUGCGUGAGCUGAAGGGAGCGAAGUUGGUGAUUGACGUGAUCCGCUAUGAGCCGCCGCACAUCAAGAAGGCGCUGCAGUACGCCUGCGGUAACGCUCUGGUUUGUGAUAAUGUAGAAGAUGCUCGCCGGAUAGCCUUUGGGGGACAUCAGAGGCACAAAACGGUUGCUUUGGACGGUACUUUGUUCCAGAAGUCUGGUGUGAUCUCUGGAGGUGCCAGCGACUUGAAAGCCAAAGCCAGGCGAUGGGAUGAAAAAGCGGUGGAUAAACUCAAGGAAAAGAAGGAAAAACUAACAGAAGAGCUUAAGGAGCAAAUGAAAGCAAAGCGCAAGGAGGCGGAGCUAAGACAGGUCCAGUCUCAGGCUCACGGUCUGCAGAUGAGACUUAAAUAUUCACAGAGCGAUCUGGAGCAGACCAAAACCCGACACUUGGCGAUGAAUAUGCAGGAAAAAUCCAAGCUGGAAAGUGAGUUGGCCAACUUCAACCCGCGUAUCAAUGACAUCAAAAGGAUAAUUCAGAGCCGGGACAGGGAGAUGAAGGACUUGAAGGAGAAGAUGAAUGUGGUGGAAGACGAGGUGUUUGAGGAGUUCUGCCUGGAGAUCGGUGUGCGUAACAUCCGAGAGUUUGAGGAAGAGAAGGUGAAGAGGCAGAACGAGAUUGCAAAGAAGAGGUUGGAGUUUGAGAACCAAAAGACCCGUCUGGGUAUCCAGCUGGACUAUGAGAAGAACCAGCUGAAGGAGGACCAAGGGAAGGUGCAGCAGUGGGAGCAAUCUGUGAAGAAAGAUGAAAAUGAAAUCGAGAAGCUUAAAAAGGAGGAGCAAAGGCACAUGAAGAUCAUAGAUGAGACUAUGGCUCAGCUGCAAGAUCUGAAGAACCAGCACCUGGCCAAGAAGUCCGAGGUCAACGACAAGAACCAUCAAAUGGAGGAAAUCCGGAAGAAGCUGGGGGGUGCCAACAAAGAAAUGACACAUCUACAGAAAGAAGUCACUGCGAUCGAGACCAAAUCGGAGCAGAAGAGGAGCGAUCGGCACAAUUUGCUGCAAGCCUGCAAAAUGCAAGAUAUAAAACUCCCUCUGUCUAAGGGCACCAUGGAUGACAUCAGCCAGGAGGAGGGAGAGGAAUCGGUCAGCAGCUCUCAGAAAUCCUCUACGGUGUACGCACGGGAAGCAUUGAUUGAAAUAGACUACAGCGAGCUGUCCGAGGACCUGAAGGAUGCGGUGGCGGACGAUGAUAUCAAGCAGGAGAUGAGCACUUUAACACAGAAGCUGAACGAACAGCAAAGCGUUCUGCAACGUAUCUCCGCCCCCAACAUGAAGGCCAUGGAGAAACUGGAGAGCGUCAGAGACAAAUUCCAGGAGACGUCAGAUGAGUUUGAAGCGGCCCGUAAACGAGCGAAGAAAGCCAAGCAGGCCUUUGAGCAGACGAAGAAGGAAAGGUUUGACAGGUUCAAUGGCUGCUUUGAGUCGGUGGCCACCAACAUUGAUGAGAUCUACAAAGCCUUGUCCAGGAACAGCAGUGCCCAGGCUUUCCUGGGACCGGAGAAUCCGGAGGAACCUUACUUGGAUGGAAUCAACUAUAACUGUGUGGCCCCUGGGAAGAGGUUCCGACCCAUGGACAACUUGUCUGGAGGAGAGAAGACUGUAGCAGCUCUGGCUCUGCUCUUUGCAAUCCACAGUUACAAGCCGUCCCCGUUCUUCGUUCUGGAUGAAAUAGACGCCGCUCUGGACAACACCAACAUCGGAAAGGUGGCCAAUUAUAUUAAAGAGCAGUCGAUGACCAACUUCCAGGCCAUCGUCAUCUCCCUCAAGGAGGAGUUCUACACAAAGGCUGAAAGUUUGGUUGGUGUUUACCCCGAGCAAGGUGACUGUGUGAUCAGCAAAGUACUGACCUUUGACCUUACCAGUUACCCGGAUGCCAACCCCAACCCCAACGACUAAUGGAGGAUUUCACACCUUGGGACUUUUAUAAAGACUUUUUAGCUUUGUGGCCCCCGCAACUUUCCUGAUUGGAGGAUUUUCCUUUUUUUUCUUUUUCGUCUUUUAACUUAUCACAAAAAGCGAUCCGAAAUUUCUGUCCCCUCCCCCCAGGAUUAUGUACACGGGCUCAUGAGGGCCAAUCAUGAAGGCCACAAAGCGGCCCAAAAGACUUUACCCCCCCCCCUGCCCCCCCCCCCCCCAUAUGGCUUCCCAGUUUUAAUCAUUGUUAUGGUGUUAAUUAUCACAUUCCCAUCCCCCCCCAGAACAGUAAUAUUAUGUUUAGUGCUUCUCAACCCAACCCCCCGUCAGCUUAUUUUGUAGGUAAUGGCUGCGUCUUUUAUCGCGUCUGCUGAAGUAAGCGCUUCUUUUAUUACUUUAGUGUUUUUUGCGACUGUGGAGAUGACCGAUUGUUUUGCAAUAAAGAGAGUCUGACUUUUAAA